AUGCAUUACUGCAGUCUUUUACUUCUUCUCGCGGCACCUUCCGCCCUGGCCAAGUGCAAAUGUACCCCAGGCGAUGAUUGCUGGCCGUCAGCCUUGAAGUGGAAGGCCCUCAACAGCACUGUGCAGGGACAUCUUAUAGCCAACGAACCCCUUGCGAAGCCAUGCUAUACUGGUGACAUGGAGCGCUGUCAAGAGAUCAGUGCUGAAUAUCUGGAUUCAUUUACGCUCGAGAAAUCUCCGAUUGGAUAUCAGUAUUCCGCCAUCGACACUUGUGCUCCUUUGAAUUCUUCCAAGCCACUAGCUGGACAGCCAAUGUGCGAUUUAGGAAAUUCACCAGUCUACAGUAUCAACGCAACCAACCCUGAUCACAUUGUGGCGGGCAUCAAAUUCGCCAAGGACAACAACGUGCGACUUGUGAUCAAGAACACGGGCCAUGACGUUCGCGGACGAUCCCAAGGAUACGGCAGUUUGUCCAUUUGGAUGAGAAACAUUAAGCCGAAACUCAAGUUCCAAAAAACUUAUACCUCAUCCAACAACUCGUGCAAGUCAGAUUGGGCGGGAAGCGCAAUCAAUGUUGGCGGCGGAUAUGUGUGGAAUGAUGUGUAUGCAUUUGCUGCAAAACACGGGGUCAUUGCCGUCGGCGGAGAUGACAAAUCUGUGGGCGCUGUUGGAGGCUACAUCCAGGGCGCCGGUCACGGCCCUGCCAGUCAUGCCUUUGGUCUGGCCACCGAUCAGGUUCUCGAAUACCAGGUUAUGCUUGCAUCGGGUGAACUGGUCACUGCAAAUGCUUGCCAAUACCAAGACUUGUUUACUGCUCUCCGCGGCGGUGGUGGUGGCACGUUCGGCGUGGUGGUAUCCGCCACCAUCAAGGCGCACCCGACGCGUGCGGUGCUUCAGCAUACGUUAGAAAUCACCCCCAAGACCGGAAACCAGAGUCGUAUCAUCAAGACAGUUGCGGGUAUUGUCUCUAAAUUCCCUAUUCUAUCAGACGAAGGCUUCGCCGGCAUCGGAGGAUUCACCAAAAUUGGAAAUGUGCUUGCCUACACGCACAAUUUUGGGGUUUUGCUCGAGAAAAACACAUCCUCUGAGAUCGAGCAUGCCAAAGAAGUCAUGACCACAGAGGUUGCCAAUGCUUUGAGCAAAUAUAACGGGACCCAACUAUCCGUGAAAUCGCAGUUUGCCCAACACGACACCUUCCAAGACUACUACGCUAGCGGAAGUCAUUAUGAAGGUGCUGCCAAGGGCAUUAUCCUGAUCUCGCGAUUUUUCGACAAAAAGUCCAUGUUACACCAGGAAAAGAACCUGACCAGCAUGCUCACCACUUUGUUUAGUAAACUUGAUUCUGGGGUCCAGUCUCCGGGCAUUUCUCUUACCUUGGCCCUCAUCGGUGGCGGCGAAGUCUUGAAGUCUCAACCUUAUACAUCCGUCCAUCCCGCAUGGCGCAAGACCUAUAUGAUUGCUGAGCAGGUUGAAAUUGCCCCUCCUGAAAGCGGAAUGGAAGGGCUGAGACAGGUUUGGGGCCGCGCCACUCAUAAGAAGCUCAAGGCAAUGAAAGAUGUCACUCCUGGCAUGGGAACUUACUUGAAUGAAGCUGAUCCUUACGACCCAGACUGGAAGGAGGCAUGGUAUGGAGAUCAGUACGACAGCUUGAAGGUCGCCAAGAAUAAGUAUGACCCCGACAAUGUCUUUUGGUGUUGGCGAUGCGUCGGAUCUGAGGGCUGGGAUGAAGUCAAGGGUCCUACACUCUAUGGACCCUUGUGCGAGAAUAACUGA